GACUGUGCGGACGUACGUUUUCGUGCUCAACACGCCCGACGCAACUAUAUUCCUGAAACAUUUCCCCUUUUGUUAGUGUUUUUUCUUUAGUUUAACAAACCUUUCCGCCUAUAGUGUUACCAGAACAAACCCCGUCAGAGCAAGUGUUUAAAAAGUAAACGGUGGACAAGUAGUGCAAGUACAUAUAUUGUGUGAAAAGGGAAAAUUAAAGGGCACUAACCCAACGUACCGAAGGUGUCGGAGUGUGUGUGAUUGUGUGUAUGUUCGUGCGACACCUUUUGGAGGAAAGCGGCACCGGGGGCAUUGUGGCACUGUGCAACGAAUCAGCAUGAUAUCCUUUACGCCCAACAAUCCACCAGUGGCCGAACGACGCACCGCGACAGACAGUGUAAACGCACCAGCAGCGACGGAACCGGAAGUUACAGUCGCACUGUAGAGAAGUCAACGACAACAACAAAGUAAAAACCAAAAAAAAACAGAACGCCAACCAGAAGCAGCACAUCUCAAAGGGCGAGACAAAACAGCAUUGCUGGCAGGAAGCGCAAGCACGAGACUGCGAGAGAACGGAAAUCAUUCGAUUUUCUCUCAAUGAAAAUCCAAUUGAUAAACGAAUUUGCUAGGCUACCGGAAGCCUGACGGAAAGUGACGCUUUCCUGACAACAAACAUUCGUUACGCGUUUCAGUGGUGAUAAGAACAGUUCCCGAGCUGUAAAAAGGGGGUGGAUCAACCAAGCGUACCGGCGGAAACUAGUCAACCGGGGAGAUCCAUCACGGACAACACCGACUAAGCUCCGAACCAAGACGGACGUGGUUGGGGACUGACAACAAAAGCUACCAAACCUCGAAGGAACCGUACCGGCAGCAACAUGAACACCGUCCUGCUUGAGUCCCGGCCGUACCGGCCGUUCAAAUCGAGCGAGGAGUAUCUGUACGCGAUGCGGGAGGAUCUGGCCGAAUGGCUCAACACGAUGUACCCGGACCUGCGCAUCAACGUGGAAAACUUUAUGGACCGGCUUGACACGGGCGUGGCACUUUGUAAGCAUGCCAACAACGUCCGAGUGGCCGCCGAACAGUACAUCGCCCGGCGGAUGGCGCGGAACAAAUCCAUGACGAAAUCGAUCACAUCCGGCCUGGCCGGGCCGAUCCUGAACAUGGGCAACGUGCACUUCCUGGCCGCGGCCAAGAGCGGCACCUUCUUCGCCCGGGACAACGUGUCCAACUUCAUCACCUGGUGCAGGAAAAGCCUUCAAAUACUCGAGUGUCUGCUGUUCGAAACGGACGAUUUGAUAAUGCGCAAGAACGAAAAACACGUCAUCCUGUGCCUGCUGGAGGUCGCCCGACGCGGUGCCAAGUUCGGCAUGCUUGCCCCGAUGUUGGUCCAGAUGGAGCGCCAGAUCGAUCGGGAAAUUGCGGCCGACAAUCGGGCGAACAGUGGCGUCGGGUGCGGCACGCAGACGGAGGGUGGCGAGAACGGUGGUACCGGCGCGGGCGUAUCGACCGGCACCGAGACCGAGCUGUACGACAGCGACAGCGAGGAGGAGGACCACGAGUCGGAGUCGCCGAUGCUGAUGUACGGCCCGCAGCCCCAGAUUGUCACCAACGAUCUGAAGAGCCUGGACGAGAUGGUUCGAGAUCUGGUGGAAAAGUGCACCUGCCCGUCGCAGUUCCCGAUGGUGCGCGUCUCCGAGGGCAAGUACAGGAUCGGCGAUACCAAAGUGCUCAUCUUCGUGCGGAUUCUUCGCUCGCACGUGAUGGUCCGCGUUGGAGGAGGCUGGGACACGCUGGCCCACUACCUGGACAAGCACGAUCCCUGCCGGUGUCGUUCGCAGCAUCGCUCGUCCGCCUCGGCCCGACUGAUCACCAAAACUACCAACGCCAACGGUAUCGAGCUGCACAAGGCUCAGGUCCACUACGACAGGUCCGGCUCGCCGUGGAAGGCUAGCGCCGGUCAAAACGGAUCGCCGAUCAAUGCAGGCAGCGCCAGCAACACCAACACCCUGUCGCCUCCAUCGCGCGCCCGAAGUCGUAGCCGCAGUCCCAGUGCCCAGCGUAGCCGACCGUCGGUGGAAAAUCAGGAUAAACUGCAACCGCCCGGAUCGCCGAUGAAAACCGCCCGUCGCUCGGUUUCACCGAGCCCGCGCAGAAUUCUGGCGGAAGGCAAGCGAAAACCGGUUGGCACGCCGGCCACUGCCACUGUUGGGGUGCACUUUGAAUGUGAUAAGGAUGCCGGGCUGACGGCUACCACCGCGACGGCGGCGGUGGCGACCGCCACAUCCGUGGCAUCCUCCGAGGAUGAGAAGAAUCGCUACGAGAGCGUCAGCGACAAUGGUAGCGAAAUCAGCGACGAAGGCUACCGCAGCCUUGGGUUGGUCCAGGGUGCUCAGAAUGGUACCAGCGGAACGGCGAACGGUGGGCCGCGCAAAGGCUUCGGAAGCAACAGUCAACACUCGAGCGAAGAUGCAGAUACUAAUGCGCAUCUCGAUACGACCACUUCCGAUUCGCAUACGACCAGCCCAACUGAGGACGAAAGUUCGACCAAAACGAACAACGAUGACGAGCUGACGACUGUCUCGGAUGAAGUUACCACAGGGCUCGCCGAUGCGCUCGCUUGCCAGCAGGAGCACGAUUCGUUGAUCGAUUGCCCGGACGGGGCGGUAACGGGGGCAGUCACGAACGGGGGCCCAGCGUCAGGCAGCUUCGAGAGCUACGGCGUGUACGUGAACGACGACGAGAUCACGGUGGACAUUGCGAAUGCGACCGGUUUGCGUAAGACGGGCUUCUCCGAUCGGAUACUGGACCGUACCAGCACGCUGGCUACGCCCACGGCAGGCCUCGGCGCUGGUGCCGGUGGUGCUACUGGUGCCGGUAACACACGCAUCCCGCGCUCCCCUGUUGCGCCGCGGCGUAAGGAGAGUGCGGAAAGUGGCACCAGCAGCGUUACCACCGGCCACUCGACGGUUACCGACGAGUUGCCAGUGGGAGGGCAGCUGCGCCCGAAGGCUUCCACCGGCAAAUCGGGCAUCGGUCGCAAACCGAGCGCACCCGCUGGUCCCAUCGUCAGCGAAGCGGCAAAAGAAACCAACACCUGGAGUGGCAGGACGUCGAAGAAGCGUCCCUCCUUGACACACCAAACGUUCUCCCCGGCUACUGGGAAGGCCGCUUCUCCGGCACCCAGCGGUGGUGGUGGACCGUUCACGCGCAAUUCACCCGUCCGGUCGACUCUGGCUGCCGAGCGUACCCUGACCGGCCGGCGCCAGAUGAAACCGGUGUCCGCGAACAACUCCGCCAACACUUCACCGAGCAAAUCGGCCACCGGCGGAGUCGCCGACCCGGUUGCACUGCUCGUCCAGCAGAUCAAGGAAACGCUCGAUUCGGGCUCGAACGACACGCAGAUUGUAGAGCGUAUGCGGCGUCUCGUUUCACAAACGAGCGUUCCGGAUGAAGGUACGACGCAUCCGUCGCUCGUGGACGACUUCACCACCGCUUGGGUGCACAGCAAUGGGAAUCUCGAUCGCUCGAAGGUGAUCCUGGCGGCCGACGAUCGGCAAGGAUCGCCCGCGAAGCCCCACUCGUCCACACUGUCCAAGCGGGCGAGUACGCUCUCCAACACGUCCGAAGGGACGCAGUCGAACUGUCGCGAUCUGGCGUCGGUCGUGUCGCCUCGGCGCCUCGACAAGGGUCUCUCAAAGAUACCGGCUCCGGUACGCGCCAACACCGGAUUGUACUGACGACGCGGUGCUGCCUAGCCAAAAGAGAACGAACGGCGAUGAGCCUAUCGUGUUUUUUUUACCUUGACUCUCCUCCCGACGAAGAGCCAGCAAGGAGUCGACCUUUUUUCGGGUCGGUUCCUGAAGAUUGCCACUUAUAAGCACUGCACAUGCAACCAAAUAGUGGCGCCUCCACCCGUGAACUCCGUCGUUUCGUGGCAGCUCCAUUCCGAGCGCAACCUACCUGCUGAGUAUGAUCCAUCGAUUUUCAACCCAUCAUUUCCCUCCGGAAAAGGGUUUUGAGAUUUUAAAGGAUCUUUUGUUCAUCUUUGACACCCCAUUCCCAAAGCGGCAUAACUUGCUCCCGGCGGGAAAACUAUUUUUUAAGUGACUAACAUACAAAACGAAACACACAAACACAUUGUGCUCUGAUUGUUGAAAUCAUAUCAAAAGAGAAGCUUAAGGGAAAGGCACUGGGAAAGAGAAAAGGCAAACUGAACUGACGGCGCGAGGAAACGUCGAAGCAAACCACUUUUCCUCACGCACUGCUUGCUGGUUAAGGAGCGAGGAAUUGUAGGGACGGAAUCAUCAUUCCGGAAGCGUUUACUAUUUUCCAUUUACAUUGCCACUGUACGGCUUCCUUUUUUGCUUCCCGUUGUUACUAUGCUAUAUAGGAUUGUUUUGUAGUUUAAAAAAUGUGCUAUAUACAAAUUAUAUACAACACAUCAAACAUACAUUUCUUAUCAUUGUGUGCUUCCAGCUCGUUCUCUUGCAAACUUUAUUCACUCUCUCUUUCUCUCGAUAACUCUAAAUCAAUCUGUAGCUUCAUGUUGGGCCGUUUUUAGAGACAAGCCCACGAAGACAGUCUCGUUACGUUUAUUAUAGCGCACGUGUUGCAGUAAGGAUAACAGCAUACGAUAUGAUACUGGAUUAACUAUCAAUUAUUUACUAAUCCCUUUUAGUAUGUACAUCCUAACGCGAUGGAAUGGAGCAAUACCGAGACGAAAUGAGCGUCCGGUUUUCGGAUGCAAGCUACUGGGCUGAAUGACUGACUACUGCUUUUUUACCGAAGUAGCUUAGGAAAAAAAAAAUAACGCAGCAUCUAGAGGAUUUUAGAACGUAGUAAAGGAACGGAAAAUCGAGAACGCAG